CUGGGAGAAUUUAAAGUCCAGGUGUUAUCUCUAAGAAAUGGUGAAGAGGUCAGAGUCAACUAGCAAAGACUCUCCAGGUUGGGUUCAGACCUCUGCGCUGAUCUGGUGGAAGAGAGGAGAACAGAAGAUGUUGCUCUGGAGGAGCUCGGCGCCGAUUCUGCUGUUGACUCUGCAGUUUGCGGCAGUCUCCUGGGCUCAUCAGUGUCAGACUCCAGAGUGGAAAUGUGACUUUGUGUGCGACUGUUCUGACUGCAGCGAUGAGGAAAACUGUGGUUACAGCACGAAAGAAUUUGAGUGUAACUUUGAGGAUUCGGGAAUGUGUGGAUGGACUGAUGCGUCCAUCAAUAAAGCAGAAUACAGCUGGGAGAGAAGUCAGAGAGAAGCGAACACGCUGCCUGAAAGCGGACCGUCCUCUGACUACACCACUGGGACAGCUACAGGUUGGUUUAUGGGAGUGAGUGCAGUUAAGACAGAGUAUCUCAGCUCUGCAGUUUUAAUCUCCCCGAAGAUGAAACAGACUUCACCGACAUGUCGCCUCCAUCUCAGAUACUUCCUGUGGGACUCAGGUCACAAAGGUUUAGGCUUCACACCCUUGUGGGUGUCCAUCCUUCGCCAGGACUCUGAAGAGUCCGUAGUCUGGCGACCUGAGGUCAACAGCGUCCGUGGCUGGAAGGAGGCGGACAUCUUUCUGGGCCGUAUUCCCACAACCUUCCAAAUCCGUCUUCACUCGCAGCGCUCCCAGGGGCUGAGAGGAGAUGUGGCGGUGGACCAGCUGCAGUUUCUGGACUGUGCUCUGCCCUUGCCAUUCCCAGGUAAAGAGUGUCCAUGGGGGAUGAUCGAGUGUAAGCGUGAAGGCUGUGUUGAAUUGCGGCAGGUCUGUGACGGCAGCGACGACUGUGGUGACGGGACUGAUGAGGAGAACUGUGGGUACCAGCGCUGCGACUUUGAGAAGGACCUGUGUGACCUGUGGGACCUGAGCUCACUGUCCGACCUGAAAUGGGUGAGGACCAAUCAGCAGAAUAUCUCUGUCACGGACCCUCUGAAAGGACCAGGCAGGGAUCACUCCAAAAACAGCGUGACAGGUCACUUCCUGUAUGUCACCGUCCCCGAGGGUGGUCUCAAAAACGACUGGGCCGCUUUCCAAAGUCACCGCCUUCAGCCCACCAAUAGUUCAGCUCCUUGCAAGAUGGUGAUGUACACUCACCAGUUUGGGCCAAGGUCCGGCGGUCUGACGGUGCUGGUGGCAGAUCAGGAGAUCUACCCGGUAUGGGAGAGGGGCGGCGCUCUCGGCGAUGUUUGGGUGAAGGCAGAGGUGGAGAUUGUCACCAACUCCACCUUCCAAAUUUUAAUAAUGGCAGCAAUCAGGGAUUUUCACUAUGGAGGUAUCGCCGUCGACAGCAUCUUGUUGUCUCCUGAAUGCCGUUUGUCAUCUGUAAAUGAUACCUGGGCAAAAUUCCCGAAGCCCCCUAAACACCCGUGCACUGUACCGGAGAAGAUGUGUGAUUUUCAAAAGGACUGUAAAGGAGCAGAGGAUGAAGCCAAAUGUGGGGAUUUUUCGUACGCUGAGGGCAGCUCAGGUUGGACUGACAGUAGCAUUGGGAGUCAAGGUUGGGUGCUGUAUGAAAAUACUACAUCUGGAGAGGACUACCUGUAUGUAGCCGAGGCUCCAGGCCAGCAGCUGACAGAGGCCCAGACACGGACCCCCCUCCUGGGCCCCUCGGGCCCCGCCUGCACUCUGAGCUUUGAAUAUGAACUCACUGGGAAUGCAGAUCAUAUUGGUGAGCUGUCCGUCAGGGUGAUGGACAGCUUUCUAGGCAUGCAGCCUAAGCUGUGGGAGUUCAGUGGGAAGACUGGAGCAGGGGAGGGGGCGUGGCGACAUGCCGACAUCCCUAUUGGAGUCAGAAAACAUCGCUUCCAGCUGGCCUUUGAAGCUCAUGCUGUGAAACUUUGUUGCUGCACUAAAAUUAAAGUGAAAAAUGUUCGCUUCAUCGGCUGUCAUGCUAACUAUUUCCCAUCCUCUCCAACAGCACUGUCAUGUAAUUUUGAAGAAGGACUGUGUGGAUGGUAUCAGGACAACACUGACAACUUCGACUGGACGGUAAUCGAUGGGACAGAUCACACCAUUGGGAUUGGCAGAAGCCUUGUCGUUGACAUGUGGAGUCCUUCUCUGCGAGGUGCUUUUGGACGCUUGGUUUCAUACACACAGUCACCAAGUAAUACAGAUUACUGCCUGUCCUUCUUCUACAAACUCUACGGGCCCAACGCAGGUGCUCUGAAUGUGAAGCUGUUGCAUAACGACGGUUUUGAGACCGUCCUCUGGACCCGCAGUGCAGCUCAUGGCAACUUUUGGCACGAGGCGCACUGCCCGGUACCACACCAGCUCACUAACUUCCAGCUGAUAUUUGAAGCAGUUCGCUCUGGUUUUGACGGGCGCGUAGCCAUUGACGACGUGGCGUUCGGGGGCGGUCCGUGCACCGUGCCGAGGAUGUGUUCUUUCGAAGGCCAGCAGUGCGGGUACAGCAGCUCUGGUAGCAUUAAAUGGCUCCACCGCAGCGGACGCACCGCCACAGUGACGGGACCCAAAACUGACCACACUCUGGAGACUGAACUGGGUUACUACAUGAUGGUGAACACCGGAGCAAACAUCCUUUCAUCUGGUGACGCCGUAGUCCUCACCUCCCCUUUUCGCCAAGGAGUCGUCAAGACUGAGUGUGUCAGUUUCUGGUAUCACAUGGAUGGAGUGAAUCCUGGUUCUCUGACAUUGUAUAUGAAGCCAGUCAAGGGAGAAAGGGUGAAGAUCUUCUCUGACAGUCUGAACCAGGGAGACGUCUGGCGCCAUGGCAACGGCAAUGUCUCGAGUACCCUUGUGGACUGGCAGCUGGAGUUUGAGGUGGUCGGAGCCGGAGGCAAAGACACUCACGUUGCAGUUGAUGACAUCUUAAUCUCAGCUCACCCAUGUCAAGAUUUAGGUUCGAAGUGCAGUCUGGAGAGAGGCAUGUGUAGCUGGAGCAACACUCAAAACGUCAAAGAGGACAAACUGGACUGGGAGCUGACGAGUCAGGAGGCGGAGAGCCAUUACCCCACUCCACUUGAAGACCACAGUCUGGGAACAGAGAAAGGUCACUUCCUGUUUUUACCGAGCAGCAACCGGACGGCAGACUAUCAAAACGCGAAGUUGCUGAGCCCUCACCUGCCCCCGACCAAGGGCACCUGCCUCAAAUUCUGGGCUUACAAGCAGUACUCAUCGAACAGCGAGCUGAGGGUAUGGAGGCUGUCUGAAGGUCGUCUCCUUGAGCUGCUGGUGGUGAGAGAUCUGGGAGAACCAUGGAGACGCUUCGACGUCAACAUCACAUCUACAAAAGAAUACCAGAUUGUAUUUGACGGAAUCAAAGGCACAAAAGGCUUUUUAGCUCUGGAUGACAUUGAGUACACCGUUGGAGUAAACUGUGCUAAACAAGUCACAGAUACACAGACACACUCAAAACAGCGAGACAACUCAGGAGGGAUCGCAGCGUCCAUCAUCGUGGUCCUGCUGCUGAUUGCCACAUUGAUCGCCCUGCUGAUUUACUACCUCCGAAUCCAACAGAGAAUCAGUACUCUGACUGGUCCAUCAUCACCACCUUCUUCCUCAGCUGGUGCUGGAUUUAGUAAUGAGACAUAUGAACCAGACCUCACACAGGAUCAUGUGAGAGUUCCCCAUGCAAAACCAUCCGAUGGAAGCUGGUUUCAAUGAUGUCUCUGUCCCUGAUGGUGUCAGAGAGAUGGAGGUGGCGUGAGGAAGGAGGAGCGAUGGUCCUGCCACCAAGAGGUGGCUUUGUGAAAUUAAGGCGAUAUCACAGCAGCAGAACUGCUUGUGUCGUCUUUACAUGUAACACACACACAUACACACACACAAAACAUACACAUUGCAUACACUAAACACAAGCACAACGCACACACUUGAAACGCUGAUUAAGGCCCUAUGUUCAGCUGCCUCAGAUCUG